AUGACAUAUUGCUUUGCAUUACUGACUGUAUUAAAUGACGUAUUUUACUCAGAUUUCAUAAAAUUACACCUGAAGGAGCAAGACUUAGAAGAGUUAAAAAAUGCAAAUUACAACUUGACCAGUACCUACAAUUCUCUUUUGGAGGGGCUUGCUACUCUACAGUCCCAGUACACCAGAAACUACAGUGCUCUGCUGGCAAAUCAAGCUGCCCAACAGUCUCAAUGCAAAAGAAACUACAGUGAUCUGCUGGAAAGCUGUGCUGCCUUAGAGUCUCAACACACAAGAAAUUACAGUGCAUUGCUGGAAAGUCGUGCUACCCUGCAGUCUCAGUACAGAACUCUGAAUGAGAAAUAUGAUGAAUUGUCAAAAGAACUUAGAAACUUGAAGGAAUACUACUGUUAUGUGAUAAGCCUGUCCUGGAUUUCAUUUUCCACAGAAAUUACCUGCCCUGUUUGUGAAGUGGGCUGGGUCCUCUUCAAUUCCAAGUGUUACUUCUUCUCCACUGUUAAGCUGACCUGGGAGUUGAGCCGUGAUCAGUGCGUCAUAAAAGGUGGACACCUAGUGAUUGUAGAAAGUUCAAGGGAGCAGGAAUUUUUAGAAAAUAAAAUUAAUAUCAUGGGAGGUGAAGAAAAAUUUUAUUGGAUUGGCCUGAAUGAUAAAGUUAAAGAAAAUGAAUUUGUCUGGGUGGAUGGCACACCUCUAAGCACAAAUAACAGGUUCUGGGAUGGAAACCAGCCUAAUGGUGACUUUAAUGAAAACUGUGUGCAGAUAUGGAUGAAAUCUGUGUGGAAUCAUUGGCAUGAUUUCCCAUGUGCAACUCCUACAAAAUGGGUCUGUGAGACCACUUCAUCUCUGCUUCAAAUUUAAACUGCUAUCAAGAGUUCCAUCAACAUGCCUAAGCUACUGUCUUAAGAAAUCAUUAAUUUCAGUAAAUCAUGAAGCUGCUAGUCUGAGUAGGGUCUUGAAUGUUACCUCAUUUUGUCAUUUAGGUGGCAGAGGUACUUAGUGACAACAUUCUCUAUAUAGUUGUAUAAAAUGAAAGCUGUGAUGUUAUUUUAAUCUUUGUGUUGGUCCAUGGCUUGUUCCCACUUCUGAUUGAAUAGACACCAGGACUCUGAACUGCACAUGGUGGUUAUAGAUAAUGGAUGAAAUGGUAAAACAUAAUUUACACAUGAGAAGAAACUGCAGAGUUCCUAAUUUUUUCAAAAACAAUUUUGUAUUUUUUAAUAAACAGCACUUGCCAAGCAGUACAUCCAAGUCCUUUCAACAUUUAUGAAAAUGAAGAUGUUACCAACCUGUGUUUUUCUUAAGAGAUGUUAAAAAGUAUUCACCCCCUUGCUAGUAUUUUCUGUUUUUGCAUAUUUUACACAAUGCAUGGCCAUUACAAAAAACGCAAUACUAGAAAAAAGAAAUCUGAAUAAAACACAAAAUACAGUUUUUAAAUGACUACUUUAUUCAAUGAACAAAGUUAUUUAACACACCUAUGACCAAUUUAAAGUGUAAUUGCCCCCAUAGUUUCAAUACUUGGUUGCUGCAACUUUAGUAGCAAUAAUCACAACUAAACACUAUGUAAUUUGUUAUUUGAGAUCAGACUUUCAUGAUACCGUUGAGGAAUUGUAGCCCACUGUUCUUUGAACUGCUUUAAUUCAGAUACAUUCAUAGUUUUUCAAGCAUAAACUCUUCAUUUCGGCAGUUCUAUUGGGUACAAGUUAGGAAUCUGACUGGGCUUUAUAACUCUUUGUUUCUUCUAAGCUGUUCAGCUGAAGAUUUUCUUUUUAUUGUGGAGCAUGGUCCUGCUGCACACUCCAAAUACAACAUGGCUUCAGGUCAUGGACAGUUGACUAGACAUUCUCCUUAAGAAUAUUCUGAUAAAGUGUAGAAUUUUUGGUCCCUUCAAUAACAGAAAGUCUUCCCCACACGGAGGCAGCAAAGCACACACUUCUCAUCACUCUACCACUCCCAUGUUUUAUUGUAGGUAUGAUAUUCUUAUUGCUGGAUGCUACUUUACACCAGACAUAGUGUGACCUGUACCAUUCAAAAAACUUCUACUCUUGACAUGUCUGUCUUUAUUCCAAAAGGACUGAAGAUGAUCCAGGUGAUUCCUUGCAAUUAUGAGACAAGCAUCUAAGAUACUCUUGGAUAGUGAAGUUUUUUGCCUUAAUAAUCUCAUAUGAGUCAUGCUUUUACUCUUUCUCUUUCAUACAAUAAAGUCAUGAACACUCACCUUGGCGGAGGGUAGAGAGGCCUGAAGUGACUUGUUUUUUUGUCUUUUUGGAGAUAAUGGCUCUCAGUGUGGUGCAGUGGAGCUACAGAGCCUUAGCAAUGGCUAACCCUUUCCUGAUUUUACUUACAUUUUCUGAGAUUACCUCCUAUCAAGUCCCGGUGUUCUCCUAGAAUCCUUAUGGUGACAAUUUCACUCUCCUGGUUAGGAGCAAAAUAUGGUGAGGUUUAGAUUCAGUAAGGCUGGCUGUGCACAGUCAGACGAGUCUUAUUAUCAACUAUCUUUGCUGUGCUGUUUGAGUGAGUAGCUAAAGAGAAAAUUACCUUUCACAUGUGCAGUACUGGUGUUGGAUUACUUUAUUACUUAAAUAUAUUAAGCACCAACUUAUAAGUGAUGUUAUAUGUUUACUCUGGUUCUCUUCAUUUAAUAUUACAUUUUGUCUAAAGAUCUGAAGCCAUUCAUUAUGACAAAUAUACAAAAAGGGAGAACAUCUGGAAGGGAGCAAAACUUUACCAUCACAGUACAUUUAUCUGAAUAACAGCUGCCAUUGUGAAGAGCAUUUGCCGUCACAUCACAUGAUGUAUGUUAUAUAUGAUUAAAGCUUAAGUCUUAACACAAGUUUUAUCACUUAUGUACUCUCUUACAACUACAGGUAAUCACUGAUGAUUUGACUUUUUAAGCAAUCACAUUUUUCCUUGCAGUCUGCCACUUCCGAUGAUAUUUUUAAUGGCAGUUAUAUUGAUUUGUUUUGUUUUUUUGCUUAAGUCUAAGGUGCUGAACUCUGUAAUUUUAAUACUCCUUAUACUUUGAUCUUUAGUAGUUUUUAUUUUCAGCAUCUAGUAUAUUUAUACUUUUGCAGAUUUAUUCUAGGUGCCUGUCUCACAAAUUAUCUUGCAUUGCCCAGGUUGACUUGCAUUUUUUAUUCUUAUGUGCCUUAACAACAACUUGUGAUGCUGUGCUCUAUGAUACAGUUUG